AUGUCCAGCUGUGGAACAGGAGGCUAUCAGCCUGGUUUGAAUUUAGAAGCCAAGCACUUCAGCUGCUGGUUGGCAGGUCCAAAAAAGGAUGAUGAUAAAACAAGCCCAUUAUAUUUGUCAUUUAUUCUACCUAUGACCAUUAUCCUCACUAGCAAUGUUGCUCUAUUUAUUGUCAUUAUAGUGAAAGUGGUAUGGAAGGAUAACCAGAAUCUGACAAGCACAAAAAAGGUUUCAUCGCUAAAGAAGGUUUUUAGCACGUUAUCUAUUGCAGUCAUAUUUGGAAUUACCUGGAUCCUGGGAUACUUUAUGCUAAUAAGUGAUGAAAAUACCAGCAAAAUCUCCGGCUACCUUUUCUGCAUUUUCAACACUACUCAGGGAUUGCAAAUUUUUGUCCUCUACACUGUCAGAACAAAAAUCUUCCAGAAUGAAGCUUCCAAAUUGUUGAAGUCGCUGUCGUCAUCUGCUGGGAGAGUGAAGUUGCUGCCAUCAGCAACCCGGAUGAGGCUGCGUGUAAGGAUGUAUAACAUGCUCAGGUCAUUCCCAGCCCUAAAUGAACGCUUUAGGCUGCUGGAGCCAAGUGUGGUUACUGAGGAAACGACACUCUCUGAAAGUGACCAAGCAAGCAUAAGCACCUCCAGUGGUUCUCAACCUUCCUAAUGCUGUGACCCUUUAAUACAGUUCC